AUGUCGAACGACGUUACGGAAGACUCCUCUUUCCUGAGUAGGGACUGGGACAUCAAUAUUGAAGAGCGCAAUGCCGAGUUUCACGACGACCUUCGCGAGGCCUCUGGGGUCGGGAGAAAGAAGUUACGCAAGAAACGCCGCCACCAAGGCCCCCCACUAUCGCACCAGGUCCGUGCACUUAUCGGAGAGGGAAAUCAGGCAUAUGUCGACGGAAACAACGCUGAGGCUAGUCGUAUCAUGCAAGAGGUGAUACGGAUCGAACCACGAGCGACCGCUGCAUGGGGAGUGCUAGCUCAGUGCUAUUCUGAUGCCGGUGACCACGGGAGGGCCCUUCAGCUGCGAAUCAUGGCCGCGCAUUUGAGGCAUGACGCUGACGAGUGGGAGAGACUGGCUGUUCAGUCCAGGGAGAUGGGUCACGGACAGCAGGCGCUGUACUGCUAUGGAAAGCUGUACAGCCUCGAUCCCUCGAAUGUCAACGCACUUUGGGACCGUGCGACACUCGCCAAGGAACUGCUGGAGAUACGUACUGCUCGACACUCGUUCACCGCAAUUUUGAAGCACUACCCACACGACAUGGCUGUUCUCGCUGAACUACGGUCGAUCCUUAUCGACGCAGGCGAGCUUGCUCUCUGCGCGUCGAUGUACCAGCGUGCGUUCGACCACUAUCAAACCGCUUAUCCACUUGGUCCACCCUCGGCGCAACCUCCAGCCCAUAUUCCAGUCGAGCAUAUCGCCCCAGAGAUGCUUCAUGACCUUGGGGAUAGUUCGUCACAGAACCAGCCACAGAGUGAAGCCGAGCUAUUCGGUUUCCUCGACGUCCUUGUCCUCGCAGACUUGUACAACACCCUCUCAGAAUACGCGCGUGCCAUCGAAACGAUACGUCGUGGAUGCCGCUGGCUACAGGGCCGCGCUUCCCAGAAGUUCUGGGAUGGCUGUGAGGAUGACCGAGAAUUUGACCUACCCAUGCACACGCCUCCUCUUUCUCACCCUCAAGUCAGCAUGCAGGGUGAGGGAGACAUUGCGCUAGGGAACCUCGAGCAGAGUUUGGCAUCAGCGGGAGGUGCCACUCGAGAGGGUGACCCGCAACCAGGGUACUACCCGCUGGAUAUAAACGCGCGUCAUCGGUUAGCAGUCGCGCGGAUUAAACUGGGCGACAUUGAUGAGGGCAAAAUUCACGCAAACAUCGUCCUCACCCAGGACCCACUCGACUAUGCGCCCCUAUUUGGCGAACUCGCAGACGCGUACUUUGAAAAAGAAACCUACGACCAAGCAGGGCCUGUGUACGAACUUUUGGGCUCAGACCCAGCCACGAGCAGUAUGUACGUGUUACUGCAAGUAGCGACGUGUCGUCGGAUGACGGGUGGAUUGAGGGAAGCAGCAGAGGUUUAUCAACAAGUUAUUGAUGCAGAUCCGGCGAACAACGACGCGAAGAUGAAGCUCGCAGAGCUAUAUGAAAUCAUGGAUGAGCCCCGCAAAGCACUCGCGCUCGUAUACCAAGUCAUUGACUCCCGUAAACGUCGCCCCGCGACCGACAGUCGCAUCAGCAGCACUGUCACCCCUGAGACAACUCCAGGACCAGGCACUUCGUUGUUCGAAGAGAAAACUGCCGCCGGGAAGACGAAAGGCAAUAGGCCAUCACAAGGAGGCCGGUUGAGCACUGUACAACUACGCGAGCUGGAGGUGCAACGUGAGCGGGAGGUCAUCCAGGGCCACAAGCGUCUCCUCGAGCUCUGGCCGCAAGUCACAGGCGGUAGUCACAUGAGCUCCGCAGACGCUAUGGACGUAGAUGAGCGGGGGGCAUAUGAUGAGGUGGCGGAACGCGAGUGGAUGCUCGAGGCCGAGAAGCUCGUGGAGAUGUUUCGGGAAACGAGGAAUCUAUUCUUGGCAUCAAGGGAUCAAGGGUUCAAGGGUAUGUUCCCGCAGCAUAGGAGGCAUGGCCAGGAGAAAGAUGAGGAGCGGAUGGCGUCUAGAUUGGAGCUUGUUGAGCAAGACAAGUCUCGUAGGCACAAGAAAGAAGUUGACUCGUUCCGUGGGGUGACAUUUGAUGACUGGCUGCGUAUAUUUAUGCAGUACGCUUUCAUACUAACAAAACGAGGAGAGUACAAACAUGGAGAGGAGGUGCUUGCGCACAUCCUCCUAUCCAGUGGGUAUCGCAGCCUGGAAUCCCAGACGACCAUUCGUCUCGCGCUUAUCACAUGCGCCCUGGCCGCAGACGAUCCUCCAACCAUCGUCAUUCAUGCGCGCAAGUUGAUCAAUACCCAUCAGUUCAACAACGAGCCUUUUCGUUUAUUGCUCGCUACGCUCUCGGCAGGCCUUGGAGGUGGCAAGACCGAUGCCUUUGUGAGCAGUACGCUCCAGAAGCAUGUAUUGAGGGAGAUCAAAAUCAGCGAUGGAGUUGUGAAAGAACCCGGUCGGCUUGCAUGGAGGUCGCACAGAGGACGGUGGACUAUGACUGAAAAGAAUAGGAGCGGAGGUAGCGCCGCUGCUGUAGACGGCGAUGACGACGAAGAAGGUGAGGACGGACCAGAAGAGAGAGAAGAGCAACAGGACGACAAAGACUCGAAUCUGGCAAGAGUCAAGCAGCCAGUUCCUCCGAAGAAACAGAAUCCGAUACCUCUCGCGCUGUAUGGCCAGAUGUGCGUAGCCGGGAAGAGCUAUCAGAGUGCAAUCUUCUACCUGCUCUACGCAGUAAAGUAUUGCCCAAUCGACCCCGUGCUGCACCUCUCGAUUGCAAGUGCGUCUCUCGGGCGAGCGAUGCAGAGGCAAGCGGACAAUAGGCACCAUCUCAUCGUGCAGGCGUUUGGGUUCCUCAGCAAAUACAGAGACGUCCGCCGCUCGACGUACAAUGCUAACGACGCAACGAUGCUCGAGGUGGAUUUCAACUUUGGGAGGGCGUUCCAGCAACUGGGGUUGCACUCGCAGGCAGUAACGCAUUACGAACGGGUACUCGUUUUGGCAGAUAAGCGCAAAGAGCCCGGGGCUGAUAUAGGGGUUGCGCGAGAGGCAGCUUACAACCUUUCGCUUAUCCUUGUCACCACUGGUGCUGCACCGCUCGCCAAGGAGGUCGUGAAGAAAUGGCUAAGUCUCGGAUAA